AUGUUCGGCGUGACAGAGGCUUGCAUUUCUCAGUUCCUGAAGCGUCAGAAAGCUCAAGAUGGCACUGUUAAGAGCCAACGCACUGAAAGACCACGUGUCAUUGAUCGUAAUGGUGAUAGAAACAUUUUGAAGACGUCUAGAACCAAUCCAAGACUCACCGCCCCUGCGAUCAGACGGGAAGUUUUCUCGAAUUCGCCAUCUCCGCCAUCCGUCUCGACCGUGAAACGACGAUGCUGCUGGAAUCAUGGGAAGACGUGCAGUGA